CCCCAUAUGAUUGCCUCUACUAACAAUUCGAAAGGAACUAGUAUACAGUGGAUGAGCGACAAUUUACACUUAAUAGUUAAACAUUAUUUAUUUAACAAAUAUAUAAUAAUGUGAGAUGCUUAUUUUAAUGAAGGAGUUGCAGGUGUCAGCCUUUUUUAAUGGUCAGGUCAACUUGAUUUAUAUAGCACUUUAACAACAGCCCUUGCUGACCAAAGUGCUUUACAUAGAUCGUUGAAUCAUAAUAUGAUUAAAAAGGUGUAAAGUACACACACACACUCGGCUCUGUAAGAUGAGUUAAGUGUAAAUUUAAGGGCUAAAAUGGAAGAACACCUAAUGCGCAGUGGUAAACUGUUCCAGAGUUUCCACCACUGUGAGCGCACGGUCACCUUUUGUUUACAACCGUGCCCUUAGAGUGGGCAAAAUAAGCUGGUCAGAGGACCUCGGCGAUCUUGAUGCAGUAUGAGCUAACCAGUGCAGGGCUUGAGAAACAAACCAUCUUAAACUGAAACCUGCACUAAACUGCAAGUCAGUGAUGGGAAGCCAAAACUGUAGUAAUAUGGUGGUUCUUUGCACCAGUUAAAAAUUAUGUAGCAGCAAUUUUGACUACCUGUAGGUGGGUUAAGCGUGAUAGACUGAUCCCAAUAUACAGUGAAUUACUGUAAUCUAAACUAGACAAAAUAAAAGCACAAACAAGUUUUUCCCUGUCCUGAGAAGAAAGGUAUAGCUUAAUUUUUUUUUUAAAUUGCCCUAAGUUUGCAGGGAGGACUACCUUUAACAACAGCAUUUUUUGUGUAUCAAAUUGAAAACUGGACAAAAAAAAGUAUACUGAGGUUUCUGGCAUAAGGCCUAAUGUAUGGAGACAAAAGGCCAAUUUAUGCUGACAACGCAGUCCUCGCAGAUAGUGUCGCAGAUGGCGUCUGCGUAGCCCCCCACCUUCGCAGACGCUCUGCGCGCACCUCCCAAAAAUUGUGACCACCGCAGAAGCCUCGCAGACAAGAGGGCUCUGAUUGGUCCACUCUGCAUCUGCUGUACACGCACUCCCGCUUCCCUACUUUCCCGGUUUGGUUUGUUUUCACGACCGCCAUUUUUAAAAACACGAGCGAAGAUGGAGCAGCACGAAGAGCGGUUGAUCGAGGAAGUGAGGAAGUACGUACAUCUAUACGACUCCAGUUCUAGUCAUUAUAAGUAACCGGAGGAUAAACACUCCACUAACCACACCCACCAACUACUCCUAGCGAUUUCGCGACUUCGCGCCCCCUUGCGUUGUGGCAGUGAAUAACAUCGCACACGCCUAUUACUCCCCACUCAACGAUAAAUUACAACUGUCUGCGAAAAGCUAUCUGCGAAAGCCUUGUCGCAAGAGCAUGCAGAGGCCCAAAGAACCCAGGUUUCCCAUAAUCCUUUGUCAGUUUAGGAGAGCUGACUCCUAAAAAGUAUGGUGUGAUGUUCUCUAAUAAUUAUUUAAAUUUUUUUAAGUAAUAAUUACCAAAUUGGUGUUGUAUAAGAUGAAUAAAACACUUUAGGGCUUGCUGUUAGAGGAAAGUGAUCAACCUCAGUCAUAACAGGAACUAUGCUUCAUGUCAAGCCACAUCACACCACCCCAUCACCGAUUAUUUUCCUAUGAACAGCACACCCUGAAGUAGAUAAGUUUUAUACUUUAUCUAGUACAUGUGUAUAGGAUGUAGUAUAUCAUGUCCAUUGAUACAGAUUACUUUGUUUUCUUUAGAUAAAAUGUAGAUCAAUUUUAUUCGUUCUAAAACUCAAAAUAGUUAAUCAAAAAGCAUGAACAGAGUAAAGCUUGUCCGCGUGUUUUUGUAACUUGAAAGAGAUUCUCAUUGCACGUUAAAAUGAACUGUAAACGUUUUCUUGAAAAUAUGCCGAUCAUGACUUUUUCAAUACAUCUGCUUAGUCAAGUUUAUUUCUAUAGCGCUUUUAAUAAUAGGCAUUGUCACAAAGCAGCUUUACAGAAUUUGAAUGAUUUUAAACAUGAGCUAAUUUUAUCCCUACUCUAUCCCCAAUGAGCAAGCUUGUGGCGACGGUGGCAAGGGAAAAACUUCUCUCAGACGACAUGAGGAAGCAACCUUGAGAGGAGCCAGACUCAAAAGGGAACCCAUCCUCGUUUGGGCAACAACAGACAGCAUGAUUAUAACAUUAACAGUUUUAACAUGAAGUCACUUUUGUUGGUGUUAUAACGUUGUCAGUACUGAGCAUUCAGAUAUCCCAGAAAAUAAAUCAGUACAAAUAGAAAUAUUUGUUAAGCAACACAGAAAUAACUGGGCUCUGGUUUGUUUGAAUAAAGUUUGUUAUACUCAUCACUGACUACGUUUACAUGCACGUCCAAAUUGAGCUGCUGUUGGUAAUCGAGCAAAGGGUCCCAGCAGGGGUGCCAGAGAAAUCCAAUCCUACAUGCACAAGUGAAAUCGGGCUAUUGUGCACCCAAGCCACACGUGGCGCUACACGCCCCAUUGUGUUGGUACACUUCCGGUUGUCGUCAUGAAGAAGAGCUAUAGUGUUGCCAGAUACUGCUGAUGUUUUCCAGCCCAAAACAUGUUCAAAUCCGCUAAAAUGCACUUAAAACCCCCAAUCUGGCAACACUAGCAGUUCUGUGUUCAAGCUGUUAGGCUUGCUCUAACAGACUAUGGCUACAAACUGUCCGGCGCAGACCACUGUUUUGUAAGACAACUUAUUUUGCACAAUAAUAUUUUUCUAAAGUCCAUUUUUUGCUUACAAAAAAAUAUUUUUUUUUUCUUACAAUUUAACUUGUCUUAAUAAACACACAAAAAGUUCAAUUGUUUUGUUUUUAUUGACAUUCUUCAGAUGUUGGACAUAUAUACACACACACACACACAAAUACAAUGACUUGUUUAUGUACACAAUUCACAGCUAUGCAACAGCUGUACAGAUGUAUUUGGUGAUACAGUAAGUGAGCUAAAUUUUAACAGUGCAAACAAUGCCACAAAAAGAAAAGAUUCAUGCCGUUGUCAUGAUUCAUUGUCAUGCCGACCGAGGCUGUUGUGUUUCCCGCUUGUGGUCUCAUCACUCGUCACUUCCGGAAGGGGCAGUGCUGAAAUUCCCCUAAGUAAAGAAGUUUUCACUCUCCUACAUGGAUAUGUUUCAUGUCUUCAUCAUCUGGAUUUGAAUCUAACGCGCUGCUGUAGCCGUUCAACUGGAUGUUUGAAGAGACCGCCACACAGAUGACACUGGAACACUCGACAAGCUGCUUUCAUUAGAGAAAGUUUAGUUUCGGAGCAGAAAUUCAGUCUGCUAAAAUGGAUGGGGAGGAAGGCCUUUCUCAAAAAACUGAUGAUGUGCACUUGGAACAUAACGGUUCUGUGGAGAAUGGCAAGAGAACAGAGGUCAAAGGCACUUGUUUGAAAAUCGAGGGGCAAGACGGUUAUGUUUUUAAAUCCUACAGUAUGACCCCUUAUGAGAUUCCACUGCUAAAACAGUCUUCACUUGUGUCUUCGUCCCUGAAGGGGACACUCAAUAAUAUAUCUUCUCAGGUUGAUGGACAUUUAGUAGAUGGUCCAGGGGCAGAAACCUGUGAUAAGCAGGACUAUUCAGUUUCUCCAGCCAUUUCAGAUGAUACAAGUCAGACUACUAUAGUAGACAAAGACAAUUUGAUAAGCGAUACAAGUGUACAUAUCAAAGAGGAACCAAUUGAAACGGGUGAAAGUUCUCAGGAGGAUGAUAAGUUAUUCUUUGAUGGUGCUGUAGGCCCUUUUGUCACUCGAAGUAACGAGGAAGAUUAUGAAAACCUACUGAGCGGCUACGCAAGUACUCUUUACGAUGUCGCAAUGGACGCAGUCACACAAAGCCUUCUGACAUCUAUUAGAAACCCGCUUAAUCCAAGAAAAAAAUCUCCUGCAUGGAACCAUUUUUUCAUCUCUCCUCGUGAUAGUACCAAAGCUAUCUGUAUGUAUUGUAUGAAAGAGUUCAGUCGGGGUAAAAACGAGAAAGACCUCAGCACAAGUUGUUUAAUGAGGCAUGUGCGGAGGGCUCACCCUACUGUACUUUUACAAGACAGUGACGCACCAAAAACCCCAUCUUAUUCUGCCUCAUCUCUAAUACCUCCUGUAAAAUCACCAAAAAACGAUAUGGCAGCUAGCAGUAAAUCCCACUCGAUCAAUCACACCUCACCGUCCACCUCUACAGCAGAAGCCGCAGAUGUAGCAUCCAAAGAGGCAUUCCAAAAAGUCAAGCCAAAAGUGGAAAAGAGUGCCAAGGCUGAGUCUAGUAUAGCCCCAUCCCCUCAUUCAAUUAACAACCACAGUGAUGAUGCCAUGGACAUUGGGUCUGACUGUUCUACCCCUAAGAGCGCAAAUUCUCGAAGGCGGUCAGCCGUGUGGAAACACUUUUACCUGUCUCCUGCUGAUAGCUCCAAAGCAGUGUGUAUUCACUGUAUGAACGAGUUCAGUCGGGGUAAAAACGGGAAAGACCUAGGGACAAGCUGUCUAAUUCGCCACAUGUGGCGGGCCCACCGAGACAUCGUCAUCGAAGAAAACGGACAGGGUUCAACAAUUCCUCCACCAUAUACAACACCGCCAACUCUGUUAUCACACUCGCAGAUGCAGGACCCAGCAGAAAUCAAAAAGGAACCCCCUUGUACUUCCUCAUCCCCUGAAACCAUGUCCGAUGAAGUGCCCAUGGAUGACUGUGAAAAUAUUGAUUUGAAGGAGGAAUUGAAUGAUGCCUCGUAUCAUUCUGGACAAGAGUCUUCACUGAACAUGGCUUUUGGUCUAAAGAGUGAAAGUAUCCAGCUGUCGUCCUCCCCAGAAGAUUCUGCUGAAGUCUCGGGCCUAGCUCAAGAGCCAAGCUCAGUUUUCCAACAAAACAAAAAGAUAAUGAAAAGAGUGAAAUCUGAAGUGUGGCACCACUUCAUCGUCUCCCCAGUUGACCAACUCAAGGCCUUGUGUCGGUACUGUCCAUGCGUCAUUAGUCGUGGCAAACGUGGAGACUUCGGCACGAGCUGUUUGAUGCGUCAUCUGAUGAGACGGCAUCCUGAUGUCCUAAAGAACCAAAAAAGCACAAGUGACAAAGCGAGCUUACCUCAGUCACUCCACAGCACCCUUGCUGCAGAGGAGGACGUGUCGUCAAAUGCAACUGACAGCCCUGCUAGCGAGAAGAAACCGCACACGCAAACCAUUUUUAGCAAAAAGACUUCCAAGCUGUGGAAUCAUUUUUCUCUUUCUUCUGCAGACCCCACUAAGGUGGUCUGUUUGCACUGUAACCGCACAAUAAGCAGGGGGAAAAAAACGACAAACCUGGGCACUAGUUGCUUGUUUAGGCACAUGCAGAGGUUUCAUGGACACGUGCUUGAAAAUAAUAGUAAUAUCUCAGGUGCUGCUUCGUCUGCUGAAAUUCAAGUAAAACCGAAGCUCAUGGACACGUCUACAUAUGUGGAGAGUAGUGCAAAAUUUGAUGAUUGUCACCCAGUUGCCAAAAAAAUCACCAAACUUGUUGCUGAAAUGCUUGCACUGGAUCUCCAGCCAUCAGCUGUGGUGGAAAACGUUGGACUGAACCGAUUACUGGAAUACCUCCAACCACAGUAUUCUCUUCCUUCUUCAUCAUACUUCACCAGCACUGCCAUACCAGAAAUGUACGAAAGCGUAAAAGAGGUCGUCUUGACGCACCUCAAAGAGGCUGAGAGUGGAAUUAUUCAUUUCACGUCAAGCAUAUGGGUAAGCAGCCAAACGCGGGAAUACCUGACUCUUACAGCCCACUGGGUGACGUUUGAGUCGCGUGUCCGACCUCAGGGGCAAGAUUUCCACUGCUCAGCUCUGCUCGCUGUCUCCCCAAUAGACUGUGAUUAUAACAUGCUCAGCAUACAGAAGCAACUCGAGUACCUUUGGGACACCUGGAUCGUCUCCUCAGGCCUGAAGCUUGGAUUCACAGUCACUGAUAAUCAAGCCAUUGGAAAUGUCCUGGAGGACCAUGUUCACACCCUCAUGAACUGUUUUGGUCAUAACAUAGAUCUCAUUGUCAAUGAAGCCAUAAAGAGCCAGAGGAUGGUCCAGAGCUUGUUAAGCAUUGCACGGAAGAUCUGCGAACGAGUCCAUCGUUCGGCAAAGGCAAAGGAGAAGCUGGCAGAACUUCAAAAAACCUAUAACUUGCCUGAAAAUCAGCUGAUCCAGGAUGUUCCCUCCAAGUGGAAGACCUCAUAUUUUAUGCUUGAAAGGUUAGUUGAGCAAAAGAAAGCCAUUGACGAAAUGUCUUUAGAGUGCAAUUUCAGGGAACUUAUAAGCUGUGACCAGUGGGAGGUGAUGCAGUCAGUCUGCAACGCGCUGAAACCCUUUGAGGUGGCCUGCAGGGAAAUGAGCAAUCGAACGGCCACGCUCGGCCAGGUCAUACCACUCAUUCAUAUCCUCAACCGCAAGAUAGACAUGCUUUUCGACGAGACUAUGGGUAUCGACAACAUGCUUAAAUCUCUGAAAGAGGCCAUGGUGACCAGAAUGUCACCUACACUUCACGAUCCACGUUAUACAUGGGCAACAAUGCUGGACCCGAGAUACAAGACCUCUCUGUUCACCGAGGAGGAAGCAGAGAAGUGUAAGCAGGAGCUCAUACGAGAAGUUCAGAGGGUCUCCGUAUCCGCGUCUGCAGAAAUGAAACCGCCGUCGUCUAGCGAGUGCAGCGAGGACCCAGCUCCAUCGAACAGUUCAACCACAAACAGGGACAACCUAUGGGCCCUGAUGGAUGACAUAAGGCAAAAAAUUAAGCAAGAUGACCGUCCAAAGUCAUCCGAGCUUGCUGUUCUGGAGUAUUUGGAGGAAGAUAUACUUGACCAGAGCUGUGAUCCUUUAGACUACUGGAAUCUCAAGCUGUUCUUGUGGCCUGAGCUUGCCAAAGUAGCUGUACGUUAUGUGGGUUGCCCACCUAGCAUUGUACCAGCAGAUACACUGUUCAGCACAUCAAGUGUGAACUGUGCCCUGAAUCAGUCUCGACCAUUGCUCGAAAAUCUUGAAAGACUCUUAUUUUUAAAGGUCAACCUUCCUUUGAUAUAUUUUCAGUACUAAGAAUUUUGUGUGCAAGACUUUCUUCGACCCGAAUGAACCCUGACCAAGGACCAAAUCGCUUCUGAGAUGGCCCUUUUAAACUUUACACUGAGGUUUAGAUUUGGUAUAUAGAACAUGUUAACUUAAUAAAUGUUUUGUAUGCAUACUACUGUUCAAUGCUUGAUAACUGGAGUUAGUCUUCUACCCGGUGAAAAGUGUUUUCAGGGAGCGAGUGUGAGGGGAGGGAUUCUUAGACACUGGUUACACUUGAUUUUAUGACGCGUCUUUGCUGAUUGGGUAACAAAUGGACAGCGCUAAACAUAAGCGUUUAGACGGAUCUGGUCUGUGGUGCAUUUGACCACAUCCUUUGUAGUGUAGAAGCUGAUGCAUCCUGACGCAUGUCUGACAGGUAUGUAACGGGACAAUGCGUUAUGAAUGCAGGUUGUGGUGGUUUUGGGGACAGUGCACCAACGUUCGUCUUGCUCUCUUUUUUACAACUUGCGAAUUAAUUAACUUUCUCCUGCCAGUCUCAACAGUUUGAAUUAAUGCUUAAACUUAUUUUUCUUUUUUUAAAUUGGUGCAUUGCUGCCUCCCGCCGGUUAAAAACAACUCCUCAUUUGGUCUUUGCAAACAGAAAUGUUUUAUUUGCAUAUCGAGCAGGGAAGUGAGCUCUCAUCACAAGUAGUCACUUGAGAUGCAUGUGGAGAGGCAUUCUAAUGCCAGGUGUGAACUAAUGUACUUGGAGCAGUCCUCUUGCUGCCAGAUGUGAACAGUGCCAUAGCCACAGGUGUAACUGGCGAUGCGUCUUGGCUGUCUACCCGUGAUCGGAUCACCCGAGAUGUGUUUGAAAACCAAGUGUAAACAGGGUUUGUGUGUGUUGCUGUACACUUUUUUUUUUUUUUUUCCCUUCUCUCUCUCCAUGUGCCUUAUAAGAACUACUUCAGGUCAAAAUGCUGUGUAUAUAUUAUUUGAUGUGCAACAAUGUUUUUGUCUUCUGAUUUAACGAUUUAUGUACAAUGCAAACAGAUGCUGAAUACUGUUUUUAUAUAAUACACAACCCAAAAAAGAGAUGCUGUGACUGGAAACUGUUUAAAUGUCUUUUAAUUUAAUUAUUUCGUUGUGAUAUGGAUUACGGUACUGUCCAUUAGAAUUAGUACUUUUUUUUUAAUUAUCUGAAGAAUUAUGUAAAAUGGUGGUGUAAUUUCAGGGUGAGCAAUCUGUUUAAAAAUUAAUUUCUCAGGCACAAGUCUUUCUUUCCCCUCCCCCUUACACUGGGGUAUUAAAUUAUGGAUCAAUGUCAAGAUGAUGUACAUUUUAUAAAAUGAUUUCCAAAAAUUAAUUUGCUAAAGUCAGACAAGCCAUGCAAUUCUGGUGGUUAUUUGUUAAUAAAAUGUUUACCAUUUCCUUGUU